CCUUACUCCUACACCUACGGAGUUUCUGAUGACUACUCCAAGGCCGCCUUCAACGCCGCUGAGUCUUCCAACGGAGACGGAGCCGUUACCGGAGAAUACUCUGUUGCCCUUCCCGACGGCAGAACCCAGCACGUCAAGUACACCGCCGACCACUACAACGGAUACGUCGCUGAUGUCACCUACGAGGGAGUCCCUGUCUAUCCUGAGGUCAAGGCCUACGCCCCCAAGCCUGCCUACGCCCCUGCCCCAUACAGCGCCUAAGCAAACAACGAUAAUGCCUAAUAUUUAUCUAUUUAUUUGAAAUAUAUUUCGCAUAAACCUUAA